GCUUAUGGCGACAACAGCGCGCCACUCAGGGUCCCACCACGCCGCGGCCCUGCGGAUGUCAUCGCAAGACGAGCUCGCCGAAAUGGCUGCGUCCAGUCAAGGAAACUCUGAGGGAAAUUUUGAGUCACUGGACCUUGCAGAAUUUGCUGAAAGGCAACCAUGGUGGCGCAAGCUGUUUGGGCAGGAAUCCGGGCACUCAGCCGAAAAGUACAGUGUGGCAACCCAGCUGUUAAUUGGAGGUGUCACUGGAUGGUGCACAGGUUUCAUAUUCCAAAAGGUUGGAAAGUUGGCUGCAACAGCUGUGGGAGGUGGAUUCUGUCUCCUUCAGCUUGCGAGCCAUACUGGUUACAUCAAAGUGGACUGGCAGCGAGUAGAGAAGGACAUGAAGAAAGCCAAGGAACAGCUGAAGAUCAGGAAGAGCAGCCAGAUACCCACGGAGGUCAAAAGCAAAGCAGAGGAGAUUGUGUCAUUUGUGAAGAAGAAUGUUCUAGUGACUGGUGGGUUUUUCGGAGGCUUUCUGCUUGGCAUGGCAUCCUCAGGAGAAUGACUUCACUUCCAUUAUUCCUGGUUUUUCUAACCAGCAGCCUCUUUACACCAUCAUAGGACACCGAGUCUUUCCUCCAGUUCUCCUGUGCCUUCCUCCCAGCUUCUUU